UGUCAAUAAGCCUUGCCUUGUUCAUGUUUAUCGGGGUUGGAGUUAAUUAUAGGUUUCUACCUGAGACUGAGCUAGAAAUCGUAGAACCAGAAGAUAAAGGUUGCAGCAAAUAUGUUAAGACAAGUAGCUAGCGCUGUAUUAACGUAUAAAAAUUUAUAUAAAGGGGUACCAUUACAACUUUUAAAGAGACAUGGACAUGCAUGGGUGUAUCGAAGUCCUCCAGUUGCUGCUCCAAAGUCACAUUUAAUUGCGAGUGAAAUUGUUGGAGGAUUUAUGUGGUGGUGGAUCCUUUGGCACCUUUGGCAUGAAUAUGAACAUAUAACUGGUGAAUAUCCUUAUCCUGACCCUUCGUUAUGGACAGAUGAGGAACUGGGCAUACCAACAGAGGAGGAGAUUUAAUAAAAUAAACUGUAGUUAAAUUUUCAAAAUGUUUAUAAAGCUGUAGUUGAAAUGCUGAUUAGAAUAAGAGAUGUAGAAUUAUGAACCUUUUUCUUUUUAUGCAGUUCUUAUUUCAGUAUCAUAUGCUUCAGAUUUAGUGUAAAUAAAACAAAAUGUUAUGUA